CGGCCGGUGCGCUCGCGCAGUCAUGCUGUGCUCUGCGCGUUGUUCUUGCUUUCUUUGCCGUGAAUUACAAUCGUGUCAAGCCGCAGACGGUCGGAAACCACCCGCGAAACACAACAUGUGUGACAAUUUUAUACUUAAAAAAGCUGAAGCCUGGGAGCCUAUGAAAUUCAUUCGUGGAGCUGCUAGAUUUUCUGUGAGACAUUGGCAGAACCGGGAACCGAUCGCAGCUCCGAAAACUCGUGUUUCACCCCACAAGUCGACAAGCUGUGAACAGUUAUAUCUCAAACCAUCUGAGGAUUCUGGUCCUUACGUAUUGCGAAAAGCUCCAAGUUCAGAUCGUGUUAAACAAAUGGAGCGCAAACCAGUCUUUAAGCUUCUGGGCAAUUCUCGUUCAAAAAAAAUAACUAGUAUUGAGGCGCCGGACUCAAAUCUGAGAAGAUCCGUUUUGAAUUUUAGAAAAAAUGAAAUGACUAAUUCCAAAAAUAUUCAUGAAAAAUAUAUUCCGUUAAGACGAGCCCCUUCUCCUUUGGAACACAUUUAUAGCGAACCAAAGCAAUGGCCAACGCAACUUGACGACUGUUGUAGACCUCCAAUAUAUCAAAGUGUUGAAAAGAAAAUGUCCUCGAAUAAAGAAGCUUCAUGUGAAAAAAAAAUGUACAACCAUCGACCUCCCUGUUAUGACGAAUUAGCAGAAAGGCUAUCCCAUGAGAGAUUGAAAAAAAAUAGCAACCCUGUUCCUGAUGGAGGGUUAAGUAAUAAAAUUACACAAAACAAUAACAAAGUAGUUAUAUAUUUUGGAGAUUCCAUUAUUAGGAAACACAAUGAACUGAAGAAAGAAGUUAAUGAGCUUAAAGAAGAUUCCGCAAUUCGAAAAGAGGAUAUCAAGCAUAAAGAAGAAGCAAUUUAUGCAAAUAAACAGUCCAUUGAAAAUGAAAACUUCCAUUUAAGUCAGGAAAUUGACAGAGGAGGGACAAAAUUAGUUUCAGAAAUUGAAGUUCCGGAAGGUAUUUAUUCUGAAAUCAAAAAUGACGAUAUUAAUGAAGACACUAAUGUAGUGACUAUUAAUGAUGCCACUUACAAAAAAGACGUCUAUGAGACUGUUAGUUCCGAUGGAUUUCUGGUUGUUGAGUUUGAAGGUAACUUCGAAAGAGCACGUCAAUUAGUUGAACUUGUGCAUGGAAACAAUGUUGACCAAAAUGAGGCGACCGUGCUCGAUGAAGAUGACCAAUGUGACUGGAGUUUCAUACAAGACUGGAGAAAACGGCCUUCGAGCGGAUGUCGUCCUACUGAGGAGUGGUGCGGCGCGGGUGUGUCGGGAGCGCGUGCGUUGCGCGUGCGCGUGUCGAGCGCGGCGGCGGGCACGGCAGCACAUGCGAGAUGUCUCUCCCCUCCGCCACAUGCACACCGGGCGACAACUCCACCACCUCCGCCGCCAGUGGAUCAAACUCCAAAGACUAAUACUGAGGAGGUAGUAUCCCCGGACGCAAGCGUGGCCCAGUUGAAACCCGUGACCGCUGUGUCGGGGAGUACAGCUGCCAGCACGCCUGUACGCAGCGCGCCCGCGCAGAAUAGUCUAGCGUUAGAGAGACGCAAACACGAACAUCGAUCUGUGGACUCUUCACAUAUACAGCUGCAAAAUGGUGUACGUGAGUGCAACAGCAGUUCAGAUGAGAACAGGUCAUCGGGACAUGCUUCUAUGUCGGAUAGCGGUGGAGGUGACGCGGGGAGGGACGAACCAAGACGGGCCAAGCAGCCGCCUCACGGACGAAAUAAACAUCGCCCGCAUAAUAAGUUACAAUCCCCUUGGCCGGGUGGUGGUGGGUUAGAAGAAAUCAGGUCAGCCAUCAAGCAGUUGACUCUACGUUCUCGGGACAGCAGCAGUACAGCUACCAGCGGUGCAUCAAGUGCGGGCGGUAGCAAUAAUGGUGCACCGGAUGGCGUCAGUGCAGCCGAGGCACGUCGUCGUCGGGCGCCACUCGUUCGUCAGCCUUCACUAGACACCGUCUGUACAAACGUCACAAGCGCCGACGAGUUCGUAUGGGUGGACUCACAUAAUAGACUAGUUGAACUUCGUUGCGUGCCGUGGACGGCUGGCGAGGUGUCCCGAGCGAUACAAGCAGGUCGUUGUCGGGAUAUAGCACCCCGUAUGGCACCAGACUCACCUCCUAGACUGGCCUACUUAUUACAGAGAGCUUUGGUUCGGAUAGGGCGGGAAGCUCAGCGUCUGUCACAGAACUUCUGCUUCUGUUCCAAGCACGAGGUGGCUGGCGCUUUCCGAAUCGUACUGAGUACACCGUUAGCUGAUUCUUGUAUAAAGGGUUGUCAACGUGCAGCGACUAUGUAUGCAACGUCAGUAAGCGCUGCAAGAAGACUAGGCUCGGCGGCUCGAGCGCGCACAGGUCUAGCACCUGGACGUUUUCAGCGCUGGAUGUUGGACGUGCGCGUCGCGGCAUUCGUACACGAAUACGCAGCCAUUUAUCUUUGUGCGGGAAUGGAGACUUUAUUGGAAGAGAUUGCUUUAAUAGCGGCUGGCACUGGCACAUCACCGAUUACACCAGCCACCAUCGAUCACGCGGUUGCAAACUGCGCUGACCUAUGGGGAUUGUUACAACCAUACAGCCAUUUAAAUGCGGGGAGAAUUGCUUCAGGAGCAUUAUCGCUUUCUCGAUGGGAGUCAAUGAGUUCCUUGGGCUCUGGGUCGUCGUCUCACCGACAGCUGGGCAUGAGCCAUGAUUCCGGAAUAACUACUAAUGGCUCUGGCGGAUCUGGCACGUCGGCGGGCUCCAGUAGCGGAUCGGUGUUGUUAACGACGUGUGCAGGCUCCUCUGGCGAACUGCGAGCUGUGCUGCGACAAGUCAGCCCCAGACAACCACCACUUAGUCCAGCCGCUGAACGUGCGCUCUAUUACUUCAUGAGAUGCUCCCAGUUGGAGCAUACAUCUAGCGGUGCGUCGGGUGCUGGAUGUGGCGCAGGUCUGUGGGAGGAGCGUGGUGCCGGCGCGCUGCCUCCUCUUGGUGAAUGGGUGAGAGCAGCACGAGCUCAUGCAGCAAUGCGUCCUCCCCCCGCCAUACCUGAUGCCGACGAUAUAUUACAAGCUGCCAGGCUACUAUUACCGCAUGCAGACUGCCCACCGAGACCUAUUACUUUGGAGGAAGCGAUUGAGCCUGCAUGGUCACGUUGCUCACGUUCGCCGGAUGAAUUGGGUCGGGCAGCAUUGGGGCUAGCUCAGCGGGCUCUGUUAUCUGGUCGCCCCGAGCUAUUAAACGGAGUCCGCGCUCUGCUACCGGCAGCUGGCAUUGAUGCUACUGACGCCUCUGGCCUCACCGCACUUAUGAAGGCCUCCUUGGUUGGAGAUGAACAAGUAGUUGCGAUGCUAUUAGAAGCUGGGGCUGACCCUAACAUUGAGACAGCGGGAGCGGCGGCACAGCACUCAGCGCUACUCUCACCGCGUUCUCCUACUCACCCACCCUCCUCAGCAGCUGCAACACCUGCACCGGGAUAUACACCGCCCACAGCUGGCUGGACAGCAUUAGUAUACGCGUGCGCUGGAGCGGGUGCGGGAGGUGGAACAGGAUCGGGGGGAGCAGGGGGUGCGGGCGCCCUAGAAGUAGCAAGAAGACUGCUGGCAGCCGGCGCCAGAGUUGACGGCGCACCUGCCAGAGGAGAUGACGUUUGCACACUUACUCCUUUACAGAUGGCAUGUGGAGUUGGGAACUUGGAACUAGUGCAGUUGCUAUUGUCACACGGAGCGGAUCCGUUCUUGUCUACGCAACUUAAUGAUGCACUCUGCUAUUCUGCUGCUGCGCAGUACGGCUGCUACAGUGCUGUAGCCGUUUGUUGCACGCAUGGUCGUCGUAGCUGUCUACGUGCGGCUGUUCGAGGCGGAGCUCGAGGUGCAGGUGGGGGUGCAGUGCUGUCUCUGGAGGAAGUUCUUGCGGAGGGUGCACCACCCGCUGCUGGCCGGCCACCACCCUUCACCAAGCAACAACAACGCGCGUUACAGGAUGCCAUGUACUAUGCCGCGGAAACUGAUCAUUUGGAUAUAACCCUAGAGCUGCGAGCACUGGGAGUCCCUUGGUCAUUGCACGCUUGGACUCUUUCCUUGGCCGCCGCUGCUGAAGCCUCGCUAGACCAUGUGAUCGACCAAUUAUUACAGGACUUUUUACAAGUCUGUCCAUCCGACGACAGUCACUACAGCAAGCAAUUCAUUUACGAGUGCCUCCCUCUGCUUUUCAAUAUUUUACGCUAUAGCAAGAAAGAAGGCACAGUGUUGCUGCUAGCGGAUAUUUUAUGCGCGUGUUACGGUUGGGAGCCAGUACCUCGGGUCGCACCGCCCGCGCCCGCUCCGCCGCUACCAGCGCGAGUUGACCCUUCAUACGUUAAUAACCCAUCGCUCGCUGAUGUCACUUUCAGAGUUGAAGGUCGUCUUUUCUACGGCCACAAGAUUGUGUUAGUGUCGGAGUCAGCCCGCCUACGAGCUAUGUUGGCGCCGCCCCGUUCUGGCGAACCCUUGGCAGGAGCUGCUCCACCACUCGUGCAGAUAAACGACAUCCGAUAUCACAUAUUUGAGCAAGUAAUGAAGUAUUUAUACUCGGGUGGCUGCUCGGGCCUUGAAAUUCCGGACGGUGAUGUUCUGGAAGUGCUGGCAGCCGCGUCUUUCUUUCAGCUGCUUCCCUUACAGCGCUACUGUGAAGCACGAGCGGCACAAUCCGUAGACCUGCACAAUCUUGUAUCGGUUUACAUACACGCUAAAGUGUACGGUGCGACACAACUCCUGGAGUACUGUCAAGGAUUUCUCCUGCAAAACAUGGUCGCCUUACUUACUUACGAUGAUUCAGUUAAACGGCUGCUGUUUGGCAAGAGGCUCCCCGGACAUAAUGUGUUGGGGGCACUACUAACUACUUUGCAGAAAAGAAUCGAAUCAAGGAAAAACCAAGUCAAGAGCAGAUAGCAGACGUUAAGCAAAUAUUCUUCUCGAAAAAAAAACCCCUUUUGUAUAACUCUAUGAGAUAAAAUAGAUUUUUUCAGUCCAGAUUUAAUUAUGGGAUUCGCUUGAUAAACUAUUUUCUUUUUAAAAUACCUUUUUCUCUCGAUUAUUUCUUUCACAUUUUGGCAAAAAAAUGAAACAGAAGUAGUGUAGAAACUUUAUCUAAAACAUUUAAUCGCAAGUGUCAAAAAUUAAAUAAAUUUUCUUUUCAAAAGGAAAUAAAUGUAAAUAUUGUGCCUUAAAAAAAUAUUUUUACGAUUUUUCACGAACCUUUUUAAAUUAUAUUUUUAUUUAUUUAUUAAGUUAGUACCUACUUAUAGGCAUGGAAAUUUUAAUGCCAAGUUUUGUUUUCAUGAAUAAUGUAAUCAAAAAAAAAACCUGUCAAUAAAAUUUACCGAAAACAACAACAUGCGUCUAAAAAACUUACUGACUUCUUCAUGAUUUAUAAGCUAUAAAUAAAAUUGGUAUUAUAGCAUAAAAGCUUGUUCAGUAUAUUUCCUAAUAAAUUUACAUAUAAUUGCAUGAGCUUAAGCCUUAAACGCACAACCCGAUAAGUGACAAAGUUCUAACCUUACUCUUCAUGUACAUACAUACACCUUUUUUUCGAUGGUAUAUUCUAUGUUCUUCCAAUAAAAUUGUACAAAAACUCUUUCAUCUGUGUUAUAUAUAAUUUUUUUUUUGUCUGUUAGAUGUAUAGUGUUUAAUUAAUAUCAUGUGCUAUAAAAUCUAGAUUUUAUGUAACGAAAUAGCUGUUCAUUAUAUUUUCUGACGAAUGAAAUAGACUUAUAAAUGUAUUAAAAUAAUAUUGUGUAAUUAUUGUUGAAAUAAAAUUUGUAUUUUAUUAAAACCAAAA